UCCACCUCCUCUGUCCCACCGUCAGCCCCCCUCGGGCGAGGAGAGUGACAUAUGGAGCGAGUGGAAGAUUAGGAGCGUGCAGCGGCAAGCAGACCCUGAUGCUUUUAGUUCUCAGGAGGAACUGCAUGUGAUAUAUGUUGGGGAAAGGAGGAAAACGGAAGUUUGAUGAGCAUGAAGAUGGGCUGGAAGGCAAAGUGGUGUCUCCUACCGAUGGUCCAUCUAAGGUGUCUUACACCUUACAGCGCCAGACUAUCUUCAACAUUUCCCUUAUGAAACUUUAUAACCACAGGCCCUUAACAGAGCCAAGCCUGCAAAAGACCGUUUUAAUCAACAACAUGUUGAGGCGGAUCCAAGAGGAGCUCAAACAGGAAGGCAGCUUGAGGCCUAUGUUCCUCACCCCAUCACAGCCUACAGAUCCUCUUGGAGACAACUUUCGAGAAGCUCAGCCUGCCUUUAGCCAUCUGGCCUCUCCGCCAGUCCACCCCACUGACUUAGCAAGCCCUACACCACUGGAGUCUUGCCUCACCCCUGCCUCUCUGCUUGAGGAUGACACUUUUUGCACUUCUCAGACUAUCUCACUAGAUGGUCCUCCAAAAUUACCACCUCCAACGAUCCAACCAGUAAAGGACAGCUUCUCCUCAGCCUUGGAUGAAAUUGAGGAACUCUGUCCAACACCUACCUCCGCUGAGGCAGUAGUAACUACAGCAGCAGCAGCAGAUACAACUGCACCAGAUAACUCUAAGGAGAAUUCCAGUGAAUCCAGCAUUCAAAAGCCUGAGGGUAUACAGGAGAACAGAAUGAGUGAGCCUAAACUCAUGGAUUCAUUACCUGGCAAUUUUGAGAUCACAACUUCUACAGGUUUUCUUACAGACUUGACCCUGGAUGAUAUUCUCUUUGCAGACAUUGAUACGUCUAUGUAUGAUUUUGACCCUUGCACAUCCUCUACAGGGGCUGCCUCAAAAAUGGCUCCUGUCUCCGCAGAUGACCUCCUCAAAACUCUGGCACCCUACAGUACCCAGCCAGUAACCCCCAAUCAGCCUUUCAAGAUGGACCUUACAGAACUGGAUCACAUUAUGGAGGUGCUUGUUGGGUCAUAGAUCGAUAGCAACUUUUUAAACGCACCAGUAUAAACCCUUGGUAGUAUUUUCACAAGGCCCCCUCUCCUUCCAAGCCUACCAAGAAACACAUAGACACACACAAAUAUGCACGCACGCAAAUACACACAUCACUGUGCAUGCGUCUUUGCUUGUCUUUUUUUUUUUUUUAAAGGAUCAUACUUUUUUUUGCUUCAAGCAGAGUUGGAGUGCCUUCAUUCACGUAUGACCACUUUUAAUGUAUUUCUGAAAGUGGUUCCUCAAGGGAGACCUGAAAUCCUAAUAUAGGAAGAAAAUGCAUAUUUUCAAGCAUAAAUAUGUUCGACAAAAAAUGUAAAAGCUAAGCACAAGGAUUAUGUUGGGAAAAAGCUGUAAAUUGCAUGUGCAUAUUUGUCUAUUUUUUCUAUAAGUUUUAUUGCAAGAGGUUAAAAUAUUAUUUAGAUAACUGCAGUACCUUUUUGGCAUUUUAGCACUGUCUAGGUUGACUUAGCAAUCCAGCCUUUUUAGAGGUAUUAAUGAUUCCUCUUUAAAUGUUGCAUUUACAUGGCUCUUUAGAAACUGCUACCCAAAUUUAUUUU